CUCUUUCUAAAGUUUACAGUCAUGGCGAAUGUCAAACAGAAGCUUUUAUUCCGAAAUAAAGACGUUUCGACGACCGUUACUAACAGCUCUGACGGGAGUUUGGAAAAACCUGGAAGACCAAAUCGAGAGAAGGAAAAGGUAAAUGGACUGACAGAAAAAGCCCAGGGCCUCGGGAAACCUCUCAAUGAUUCACUGGAAGUGGACAUCAGAGACUUCCUCAUCAAUGAAGCUGAACUUCACACGUACGAUGACCUCACUAAAGUCAACCCGGUCACCCCUUCUACAGUGCUGAAAUGUCUGCAGGCCAGGUACAGCGCGAAGGUUUUCUACACACAUGCCGGCUGUACGCUGAUCGCCCUAAACCCCUUCCAACCCAUCCCUCACCUGUACUCUCUGGAUGUGAUGAGGGAGUAUCACUCCGCCCCUCAGCCUCAGGAAUUUAAGCCACACAUCUUCAUCGUAGCAGAAGAGGCGUAUAGGAAUGUGCAAGGCCAGGUGGAGCCCAUGAACCAAUCGCUGGUCGUCUCUGGAGAGAGCGGAGCUGGGAAGACAUGGACGUCACGUUGUCUGAUGAAGUAUUAUGCCACUGUGGCCGCCUCGUCUCAGAAGUCCCAGAACACAGUAGAGAAGAUAGAAAAACGAGUACUGGAGUCCAACCCCAUCAUGGAGGCAUUUGGCAAUGCCUGCACAUUACGCAACAGCAACAGCAGUCGCUUUGGAAAAUACAUUCAGCUUCAGCUCAACAGCUCUCAGCUGCUGGUUGGGGCGUCAGUGCAUACGUAUCUCUUGGAGAAGACAAGAGUGGCUAUCCAAGCACCAAAUGAAAGAAAUUUUCACAUAUUUUACCAGAUGAUGAAAGGAGCCACAGACAAACAGAGACUGGAAUGGAUGCUGCCUUUGGAACAAGACUUUGCUUGGUUGCCAAAUGCUGAGAGAACCUUAGAAGAAGACUGUUUGCAAGAGACGAUGGAUGCCAUGAUCAACCUUGGCAUUGAUGAGGCGAAACGGGCACAGAUUUUCAGGAUCCUUGCAGGUCUUCUGCAGCUGGGGAAUGUGGACUUCAGUCUUGCAUCAGAAGAGGCUCAACCAUGUGACCUUGAUGGGCACUCCAAAGGUUUCCUCCAGAAGACCGCUGCCCUGCUCCAGGUGCCGUUAGACGAGCUACAAUCGUGUCUGACCGUGAGAAAUCUGCGCGCCGGCAAACAGAACAUCCUCAAACCUUGCUCUCGGUCGGAGUGCACCGUCCGCAGAGACUGUCUUGCUAAAGCCAUUUAUGCGCAGCUGUUUGACUGGUUAGUCAUUUUAAUCAACAACAGUAUGUGUGCCGACCGUUCCAUGUGGUGCAACUUUAUUGGCCUGCUGGAUGUGUACGGUUUUGAAUGUUUCCUCCUGAACAACCUGGAGCAGUUGUGUAUUAAUUACGCUAACGAGAAGCUGCAGCAGCACUUUGUGGCUCAUUACCUGAAGGCCCAGCAGGAGGAGUACGUGACCGAGGGGCUGCAGUGGUCCUUCAUACGCUAUCAAGACAACCAGGGCUGCCUGGACCUGAUUGAAGGCAGUCCCUCCAGCAUUUUCUCCCUCCUCAAUGAGGAGUGUCGUCUGAACCGAGCGUCGGAUGCGAAGCAGUUUCGUGUGCGUCUGCAGAAGGAGCUGUCGGAUAAUGCCAACAUCAGCUGGGACAAAUUCAGCAAAGAGCCUCAUUUCACUGUGGCCCAUUACGCAGGCAAAGUCAGCUACCAGAUCCAGGGCAUGAUGGAGAAGAACAAGGACCCGGUUCCUCCUGAGCUCACCUGUCUCCUGCAGAAAUCCCAGGAUUCAUUGCUGCACAGUCUCUUCGCUGACGCUGACCUUGAGAGCGAGGGCUCUAGAGGACACAGUAAAGUCAUCACUGUCGUCUCCAAAUUUAAGAACUCCCUUGAAAGGCUUAUGAAGAUUUUGCACAGCACCACCCCGCACUACACCCGCUGCAUCAAACCCAACCCUGACUGCAGACCGCUCACCUUCAAAAAGGAAGAGGUCAUCGCUCAGCUUGAGGCCUGUGGGAUAGUGGAGACCAUAAACAUCAGUGCAGCAGGAUUUCCCAUCAGGAUCCCGUAUUGCAGUUUCCUCCAGAGAUACGGGCUGAUCACAAACAACAGACUAGCAGCGCAAAUGAAUCGAGAGAACUGCCCUGAGAUAAACGAUCAGGCUGUUCUGGGAUCUGCUGUAAAGGAUGUGGUCAAUGUGGUGCUCAAGAGACACGUCCCAAACUCCACCCUCAGCCCUGAUGAUAACAACGACAUGGUGCAUUGUGGGAGGACCAAAGUCUUUCUUACACAGUCCCUGUUGGAGAUGCUGGAGGACCACAGGAACGAGGUGCGCUCACAGAAAGCGUUCUGUAUCCAGUGUUGCUGGCGCAGGUACCAGCAACAUCAGCGCAGCCUCAGGACACACGCUGCCACCCGCAUACAAGCAGGUUUGAGAUCCUGGCGGGUCAGAAGUGAAAUUAAGAAAUGGCACAAAGCUGCAACGGUCAUCCAAACCAAAUGGAGGCGCUGGAGAGCGUGGAUGGAUGCGCUAGCUGAGGCAGAGCUGGAUGAUGCUGAGGAUUUCAUGGAGGAAGAAUCACGUGUGUUGCCGAAGCUGGAUCCUCUGCUGAGGGAAAGAGGGUCAGUACAACUCGACAGCAUCCAGGAGCCCGUCAUGGUCCGAAGCUGGCCAAUCGGGCUGGCGAUUGCUUCUGCUCCCACCAUCACUGUGUCUCUGACGGCCACUGGUUUCCAGCGGAUCAUGUCCAUGAUGGCCUGUCUGAAGAUCCCAUUCAGACACGGUGAAUACAAAGUAGAGACCAACCAGUUUGAACAGGGUGUGGCGUCUAUCAGAGCUCAGCCACGGGGGUCCAUUAAGAUGCAUCUGCAGAGAUCUCCCCUCCUCUACGCCGACAGACACCCAGUGCACAAGGCCGAUGUGGUGACCGGAUUCAACCAGAUCUUGCUGGAGAAGACCUGACAGGACCUCUCCUCUUCUCAUCAUGCUGCUAAACGCUCUCAUGCAAUCAGUGCACCUUUGAAAUACACUACAUUAAGUGAUAUUAAACAUUUAGCUGCCUUAUUGUUAGUGCAAUUUAGCGUUUAGUUGUAUUUACUCUCUCUCAGCAUGAAGCACAAGUGCCUUUUAAUUCUUCAGUCCUGUAGAGCGUUUUAUAACUAUUACUUUAACAGAGCUUUUAUUUUAUUCUAGCAUUUUCUGUUAUGAUUUAAAUAAUGUCU